AUGUGGGAGGCGUUAACUAUUGUUGUCGUACUACUUUCCUUGUUAUGGUGCCUGUCUGGACGACCAAAAGGACUUCCGCCUGGUCCUACAUGUUACCCCAUCAUCGGCAAUGUCGGACUCUUCAAACCAUCAGAGGCUGUGACAGCUCACAGGAGACUGAGGAAAAUUUAUGGAGACAUCUAUACCAUAAUGAUCUUCCAUAAACCUAUUAUAUUUGUACAUGGAUUCGACAACAUACGGGCAUUACUGGUCAAACAUGGCGAUGCUACCUCUGAGAGACCAAGAUUCCUUUCCAGUGAUUUAGCUCAGGGAAAUGGUGUGUUUUGGGCAUCAGGAUCGAGGUGGAAAGAAACGAGAGCUUUUGCACUGACGACAUUACGAAAGUUUGGAUUUGGGAAACGUUCUAUGGAAAGCCAGAUCAUGGAAGAAGUAGAUUGUCUGAUGGAGAAAUUGGAAGAAAAUGAAAAUGAGGCUUUUGACAUUCAAAGUGUACUGAAUGCAUCCGUAGCUAACGUUAUAUGCUCGCUUUUAUUCGGUAAAAGGUUUGAGUAUGAAGACACGAGAUUCAAGCUUUUAAUUGACCUGUUGUCCAGAUCGUUCAGCAGUGUCACUUUGUCUUCUCCAGUUUUUCUUUUUCCAUCUUUGCGGCACACCGGCAUUUACAAAAUUGACAUAUAUUUGGAAAAUGUUAAUGCUUUGAGAGCAUUUCUCACGGAUAUGAUAGAGGAGCACAGAAGACAUUUUGACGCGGACCACAUCAAUGAUUUCAUCGAUGCUUUCCUUCUGGAACAAAAACAAGGAUCAAACGAAAUCAACAAUAUAUUUACAGAUGAAAAUCUGAACCAAGUUUUGAAGGACUUCUUUUCAGCGGGAACAGAAACUUCGUCCACAACCUUGAGAUGGGCGUUUCUAUUUUUAUUCCAUAAUCCGCAUUGGCUGAAAAAACUUCAAAAAGAAAUUGAUGACGUCAUAGGUCAGAGACAACCAAUGAUGGAGCACAAGGAUCAAUUGCCAUUAGUAGAGGCAUUCAUUCUGGAAACUCAGCGACUUGGAAAUACUACACCUCUGACGGGUCCACAUGCAGCCCAGGAAGACAUGACGUACAACGGACACCUCUUUCCCAAAGGUGUCACAGUACUGUUUCUUUUGGAUUCCGUAUUAAUGGAUCCAGAAAUGUUUCCCAAACCUUCACUGUUUAAGCCAGAGCGGUUUUUAGAUGACAACGGGAGAUGUCGUGGAGACCUUAAAGACAAGUUAAUUACCUUUUCAGUAUGGCCGAGGAUAUGUUUAGGAGAAGCACUUGCCAAAAUGGAGCUUUUCUUAUUCUUCACCAGAUUUUUACAGAAGUAUGAGAUAAAACCAGAGAAUCCCGAGUGUUUACCUUCUCUGGAGGGUAAACUUGGAUUAACUUACACACCAAACUCGUUUAAAAUGAGACUUUUAAAAAGACAAAACUUAAAAAAUUAAUCACAUU